GUCCGGCGUUGUCAGCAGAGACAGCAAUGGCAGUCGGUUCGCCUCCGGAGGACGCAGUAAGAGGAUGCUGGCUGCAGACUUUUCUCCUGACACCUUCCUCUGUGACGCUCCAGGCGAGCGCUUCGCCCAGCUGGUGUUUCGAUCCGAAAACUCCGCCAGUCUCUGGAGUCUGAAGGCCAUCCACGCCAUGUGCGAGAUGGAGCAGUCCAGGAUUCGCUCCCAGGCCCAGUUCCAGGACCUGUGCCAGCAGCCGGAGAGCCUGGAAGCAGAGGGAACGCCGAGAAGCGGCUGCUGUCCAAGCUGGUCUUUAGGGAAUUACUUGGCGGUCCUCUCUAAUGCCUCCUGCUGCCUCAGCCUUACCUCACAACAGGUUUCUGAGUCUCUGAACCUUCUGCGGAAAUGUGCUCCGUCCUACCACAGAGGAGAUCUGACCGAGGCCUGUGCAGACCGGCCCAAGCGCGCCGGCUGCUCCGCUGUUCCCCCGCGCUGCAAACAAUCCCGCGUGGUCUUCCAGAUCCUGCACUUCCUCGUCGACAGGGACUUCCUCGGCCCCCAGACUGUGGAAUACCAAAUACCAACGCUGAAGUACAGCCUUCUCUUCCUACCCGUCCGGAAAGGAGAGCACAUGAUGGAGAUCUACAUGAAGAGCCUGGAAGGAAGAGAUCUGACGUACAAAAACACGACCAUCACGGGGAUAGACUUUGGGAUCAAGAAGACGCUGUUCAGAUAUUACUUGGUGCGGGAUUCGGUGUUCCCAGUCCUAGCCGUCAUAUCCCUCCUGUUCACGAUGGUUUUAUACCUGCAGUCCUUUUUCCUGGUGGCAUUAUCUGUUCUGGCAAUCGCAGGCUCACUCCUGACCUCAUAUUUCUUCUAUAAAGUAGUUUUUCACCUGACUUUCUUCCCCAUGGUCAACCUGGCGGCAGUUCUGAUUCUCUUAGGAAGCUUCAAUCAGGUUUUUAUCUUCACCGAUUUCUGGAAUCUGCAACAAACAAACCCGUCCGCCUCCCUGGAGAAGAGAGUAAACAGAGCCCUGCAGGAAAUAGGUUAUCUGAUCCUAGCUUCAGCCUGACCUCCAGUGCGGCUUUUUUCUCCGGUCUAUCUCAGCAGCAUCACGGCCAUUCGGUGUUUCUCCGUUUUUCUGGGGACGGCUUCUCUCGUCAGCUCGCUCCUGGCCUUGGUGUGGCUGCCGUGCUCCUUCAUCCUGCUCGAGCGCUCCAGGAAGACUCCCGCCGCGUCUGUGGCGGUGCAGACGUGGAAGGCCUGCUGCGCCAAAAACCCAGACGGCUUCUGGGAAAUGAGCUCCCGUAAGAGGUGCCUCUUCGGCGUGGCGCAGAAGCUGCGAGAACUAAAACGGGGCCUGUCAGACACCUCGAACCUGCUCUUUCUGAAGAUCUUACCUUGCGGAGUGGUAAAGUUUCGCUACAUCUGGGUGUGCUGGUUUGCAGUGCUGGCCGGCGGCGGCACCUACAUGUCCUGCGUCGACCCGGGCAUGAGGUUACCCACGCUGGACAGCUGGGUCACCCAGCUCUUCCGCUCCAGCCACCCCUUUGAGCGAUACGACGCAGAGUACCGUCACAUGUUUAUGUUCGAGAGGCAGGAAAACGGGGAGGACAAACCUGUGACCGUCCUGCUUGUUUGGGGCGUCAAACCCACCGAUAAUGGGGAUCACCUUAACCCACAGAGCAACGGCUCCUUGGUUUUUGACCCCGACUUUAACAUGAGCCGGCCUGAAGCGCAGGUCUGGCUCAGAGAUCUGUGUGGAAGGGUCCAGAACCAGAGCUUUUACUCGGCUCCGUCACCAGAGCAUGGAGAAGUCGUGGCAGAUAAUGUCUGCCUGGUGGAGCAGCUGGUUCGGUGGGUAUCUGCUAGACGGUGCUCGGGGAGCAACGAUGCCCUUCAUCUGUGCUGCAGCAACACCCCCUUCCCCUACCCUCCCAGCUUGUUUGAAAGCUGUCUGAACAUGAUGCUGGCAGAGAAGCGUGCCGAGGGCCCCCCGCCAAGUGGCGGAGGCCUGUACUUUCAGCCAGACGGCAGGGUCGCCGCCCUCGUUCUGGCAUUCCAGACCACCUACUUCUACAGCUUCAACUUCACCAGAACCGGCAUUUUUUACAGGGAAAUCCUGACGUGGUUCAACAAAGAAAUAUCAGGAGCACCAAAAGGGCUGGAGAACGGCUGGUUCAUCAGCCAGCUGUCUCUGUUUGAUCUCCAGCAGUCUCUGGGUGCGGAGACUCUGGUGGUGGCUGGCUUCUCGGUGGCGCUUACGUUUGUUCUGCUGCUCCUAACCACCUGGAACGUUCCGCUGAGCUUAUACGCCACUGUUGCCGUAGGGGGGAGCGUGUUUGUCACCGUCGGCCUCCUCGUCCUUCUUGAGUGGCAGCUGAGCGGCGUUGAGGCUCUGCUGAUAUCCUCCGCUGCUGGGUUGUCCGUUGACUUUGUUGCCGACUUCUCCAUAUCCUACAGCUUGGCUCCGCACUCCGACAGGAUAGGGAAAGUGGCGCACUCCACCAAAAGGAUGGGAUGCCCCGUGGCAAUAGUUUCCGGCGCGUUUUUUUUCAUGGGCAUCGUGAUGCUGCCCGCCACUGCCUUACAUUUCAGAAAAAUCGGCAUCUUCCUGUUCCUGGUGAAAUGCGUGGCGUGCGGAUUCGCAACCUUCUUCUUUCAGUCCCUGUGCUGCUUUUGCGGGCCGCGGAGAAACUGCGGAAGGGUCAAGCUGCCCUGUUUGUCGGAGGACACAGACGGCGUGCUGACCUCCUGUCCCGAGCCCGUUCCCUCGCCUGCGUCGGCCGCCAACGGCGCCUUUGGCAGGUCCAGGGGGAGGCGGAGUUAUGACGAAGAGGCAGGUGGUUACCUCUACCCCGACCAGCAGCGCCAGCACAGAAACAAACAGGCCGGCGGAGGAGGAGGAGGCUUGCCCAGGGGCGCGGAGCAGUACGAGCUGCAGCCUCUGGCUUAUCGCCUCAGCGACAGCUUUGAGAACAGCACCUGCACCAGCAAGCUGUCCAACCGGCCCUCCGUGCUCUCAGACGAAAUUGAGUUUUGUGGGGUAGAGGUGAGCAAGAAGCACGCGGAGGAAGGCAGCGAAGAGAUGCGCAGUCAGCAGAUCUGCCAACCGGCCCUCCAAACCUCGUCUCCUUACAGAGAAAACACCCUUCGCCAAGCAGGCCCGGGGCAAGAAGCAGUAGCCGCUGGCAAUCUGCUGUGCAAAACCUGCAGGGGUCAAUCGGUUGGCGGGAAGCAGUGGAGCAACACGUCCUACUCCUCGUCGCUGAGCAUCGAGGAGACCGUCAUCAGCACCACCAUGGAGACCACUGAGCAGCAGUCGUUUUGUGAAGAUGAGAAUACCACAGCGGAGGGUCCCCAUCAGCACUCCCUGUCUCAGAGCUCCUGUGGAGGACUGGAGGACUCCUGCGAAACAUGCUUGAGCGACAUUGAGGUGGGGUCUUCAAACGCGCAGCGGCACGACGGCGAGGCGGAGGUCCAGCUGCAACCGGGACACCUCAACGGUAAGAGAGACACACUGAGGCUCUCACUGAAGGAGACGGUUUACGAGACUAGAGAGCGCAGCAGCCGCAGCGAAGAAGUGGUCAUCUUACCCAACAGCAGGCCCGACCUACCCGACGUCUGGAUAAAGCGAGACGGACAGCGGGAGGACACAAGCUGAGCAACAUGUUGCUGUGGAGCCUCAGUCAUCCAGGACAUCUCAGUCCUAAAUGCUUGAACCGAAGGCAUCUGGACUUCUUCUCUUGUUUCUGAAGGCAUUCUAGUUGUGGGUUAGGAGCAGCCCACCUGUUAAACAAUGCUGGAGCAGUCAUACCAAGAGGGCCUUGAGCGUCACGAGUCCCCAAUUCCCCUGUCUAUCCUACGGGUUACCUGGGUAAGGCUGGGACUUGGACUGAAAACACCGGUGCUUUUGCAGAAGACAUCAUUUUGCCCGUCUCUAACUCCUACAGAGAAGCCUCGACCCGUCUGCAACCAUUGACCAGCUUACCAGUGUUUAGCAGCUCUGACCAGAACUUUGUAGCCGGGAACUCCUAACCCUCAACCCGAACUAAAGUGCCUCCAAGAAAGAGAAGACAAAAAUCCAUCUGCCACUUGUUGAAGCGCUUAGGAUCACGUUAAGCAACGUUUUGUAAGCACUGUGCAUUUAUUGCUCUUAAUUUACAACUAACGAAUGACUAAUUAAUUGUAGUGACAAAAUCAAUGGAAAUCAUGCAGAACCUAAACUGUCGAAUUUGGCACACGUGUGACGAGUGACACCGUGCGACUGUGAGGUCGUCUCUGUCAGAGCUUUGGUCUUUCACAGGAACCGCUCCGAGCAAAGCAUGACUUUUAAACCCAGCAGAGCUGAAUAAAAGCUGUUCAGGCGCCGGUUUGCGUUAGCUGAAAUCAACGCUGCUGCAUGUCAUUAUCACCACAACCUCAGAAUAACUGCGGCCGCUGCCUGCAGACUCUGUGCCUGAGACUUUUGAACCUGAGCGCGCUGCACAGACCAGGUUUGUAUAGAUACACUGUGAACUCUGUGCCCUGCGCUGAAACUAUCCACCACCAUUCAGGAAUAUACAUGCAGUGUAUUUAGGGACUGGUGGGAUACAAUAGCUGUUAAAUAACGACAUUUAAACUGAAUACAUUAAGAAGAUUUAGGUAUUUAUGUAAGCAUUGUUGAUUUAUCAAAUAUCUAGCUUUUUAAAAUGUCAAAGUUAGAUCUUCCUGCGUCCAUAUUUGACCUCCUCUGUAUUUGUAUUUUGUCCCCGUAUAGACAGCAGGGAAGCGCAGAUAAAUUUUUACUAUCUCGAGCUGUUUAUUUAUGGUAUUGUUACUGCAGAAAAAUGUCGAUUCUCAUAUUAGGGUGCUCUUAGGCUUUAAAAAUUGUCACUGAGGUCUGGUUAAAUGUCCUUUUAGUGAGACGGCCGAAAAAGUAGCAGAGCUGAGCCGAGUUUCCGCAGCUGGAAGGCUACAGCAGUGCAGCGUUACCCUGCCCCCACCUGUUGCUGCUCUCAGUUGGCCAGCAGACUGAAAUAAAACAAUAGAACAAUAGAACAAAGACAAAUCCGGCUAUUUUUUUUAAAUAUUUCAUUCUUAUUCAACUAAUGCUGGUUUGAAAUUACAGUUAGUAAGCUUUGAUCGGCAAGUUUGUCAAAAUUAAAUCUCCACCAGAGCAGAUAGCCUGACUAAUUAACUAUACAAUGCUACCUUGUUAUACCCCCACUAUUCCUCAAUAAACAGCAAUAAUAUUAGAAUAACAUUCAGUGCAGUUAUCUGUUGCUAUUGUUUCGAAUAAAACCAAUUAGACGAUGCUAUAUUUUAAUUGAUAGUUAUUUAAACUGUAUAACUAUACGUUUUUAUGUGAAAUUGCCAUUUUUACUCAUGUUCAUGCUGUAACGAGUGUCCCAAACGGCUAUUUUCAAACAACUUUUAAGAAUAUAUGUAUUUUAUGUACGUUAUUGCGUAAUUAAGCCUUUUAUAGGUGAUCGUGUGCAACAUGUAAGGUUUUCCAGUGAAAUGCUUACAGUCAUUUGUUACCACAGAUGUCUAAAAGAAUCCAAUGUGAACAAACUCGGAACAAAUUAGUGCUUGUUUUCAGAAAGUUGAUGCUUGUUACUGAGGUAGCUGCUUCUGGCCGUGCUAUCGUAUACUGGAUAUGUUUCAUUUAUACUUUAAUGGUAGUUUGGAGUCUGUUACACAAGGGGUGACUUUUACAUUUGGAAACACUAAAGUGCUUUUUAAUACUG